UUUACUGAUUAUCUCCAGACACUAAAAUAAACAUUCUCUUUUUAAUGAAUAAAGUACAAGUAUUCUUCUUAGUGCGACUAGUCAGCAGCUCAUGAAUAUUAAUUAGACAGAGGGGAAAUAAGACCUGCCUCUUGCACCAGCGCGGUCACAUUCAGCAUCCUGCAGCGCAACAUCUCACAGCGCUUUCAUCAGACUUCCUGCUCGGUGUCUGGGAUCGGAUUGACUUGAACUUAGACGAUUUUGAUUUUUAAAAUAAAGAAAUAAGAUAAUGGCUUUGAGAGGACCUCUAUUCCGUCUUCUCAGACCUCAAUUUGGCCACACGUGCCAACAAAGCAGAGCUCAAUCUGUAGCUGUGCUGGGAGCUCCGUUUUCAAGAGGACAGAAAAGAGGAGGCGUGGAGCACGGCCCUAAAGCCAUCAGAGAUGCGGGGCUCAUCGAGCGGCUCUCCGGUUUAGACUACUCUGUCCACGACUUUGGCGACCUCAACUUCCACCACCUUGAGAAGGAUGACCCCUACAUGGAUGUAAAGUUCCCUCGCUCUGUGGGUGGAGCAACUAAGAUGCUGUCUGGCGCAGUGAGCAGAGCUGUCGGUGCCGGACACACGCUUGUAAUGCUGGGAGGUGAUCACAGCCUUGCUAUUGGAUCAGUGGCAGGCCACGCCCAGCAGUGUCCUGACCUGUGUCUCAUCUGGGUUGAUGCUCAUGCAGACAUAAACACGCCAAUGACGUCUCCAUCAGGAAACCUCCACGGCCAGCCCGUGGCGUUUAUGCUCAGUGAGCUGCAAAACAAGAUGCCAGAUAUCCCAGGGUUCUCCUGGAUGAAGCCAUGCCUGUCCUCAAGGGACCUGGUGUACAUCGGAUUGCGUGAUGUUGACCCAGGAGAGCACCACAUCCUGAAGGCCCUGGGAAUACAGUACUUCACCAUGCGGGAUAUCGACAGACUAGGCAUCCAAAGGGUCAUGGAAGUCACUCUUGACCAUCUUCUGUCAAGAAAACAGCGACCGAUCCACUUGAGCUUUGACAUCGAUUCAUUCGACCCGUCUCUGGCUCCAGCCACAGGAACACCGGUGAACGGAGGUUUGACCUACAGAGAGGGAAUCUAUAUCACAGAGGAAAUCCAUAACACAGGUCUGCUCUCAGUCAUGGACCUGGUAGAAGUAAACCCGCUGCUGGGGGCCAGCCCUGAAGCCGUGGAGGCGACCGCAGCAUUAGCGGUCGACGUCAUUGCAUCGUCUCUGGGACAGACGAGAGAAGGCGCUCACGCAUCUUUGGAUGAGAUUCCCUCUGUGAAGGACGACACAGAGCAGCUCCGCCUCUGAGAGCACGAAGCGAAAAAUACGAACUUUUUCGACAUCAUCCCUGAGCAUUCCGCAACUCUGAAUACAAGACUAUGAAGACUGAAUCUGAUCGUAGCUACAGGAUUUGUUUUCAUCUCUUUGCUGUUUUAGCGUCACAUUUAAUGAAGAAAACCACAAAAAGGAUUUUCUGAUUUGAGGGGGAAGGUUCCCUUUAAAGCUGGGGUCGGCAUUUUUGUUUCCUUCCAUCAUUACGCACAAUCCUUUAAAAAGUCUGAGAAAAAAAUAGACUUCUGUACCUCCUCUUGGCUCUAGGGCUGUCCCAAAUAUAAUUUUCUGUACUGUGCAACGUAGCUCCACUUGGGGUGAGCUGACGGGGGCUCAACUCAGUCAAUAAACCCGUUAAUAACUGUACAGUAAAAUGAUGACACUCCUGUCACUGUGCGUGUGACGGGUGCAGGAGCAGGAUCACAAAUACUAUAAUGACAUUUGUCCUCUGCAAAAAACAAACAAAAAAAAAUAAUAUCUGAAUACCUAAACUGAAAACCGAAUACCUACCCAAUUAACAAAUACCUAAAUAGCCACACAGUUAGGCCCAGCCCUACUUGGCUCAGUUUCAGGCUUUAGAAAUCUAGCCCGAAAUUACACCAAGCACAAAGAGAGGGGUUCCUAUUGUCUGUUCUACAAAUGCACAUGCAAUGUGCAAACUGCCUACACUGCAAAGCAACCCAAAAAAUGAAAACCGACUUCUCAAAAAGAGAAGUGAAAAGAUAAUCUGCCAAACGCAUCAAAUGUAUCACAGUAUCGGCAGUGAAUUGCAUGGAUGGAGAGAAAAUGUUGCUAAUUGUUUAGCCUCCUGAUAACUGAAACCAAAGGCUCACAGCUGGCCAAAUGUGGAAUUAUAACUUUAAGGUCUGUCAAGUGAUGCCACUGGGCCCAAAAACACUUUUUUUCUCCAUAUAAAUUGUCAAAUAGAAGUCUGUAAAUCAGUGGAUGCUCUUUUUUAGCCUCUCAAGCCCAAUGAAGUGACUCGCUUCACUAUCAGGAUUUGAUCCAUUCCACCCAAUCACAUUACGAUAGUCUAGACGAGCCUUAAGAUUAAAGCUCGGCUGCAGUUAGUCUCUGGUGCUCUUGCUUUUUGGGCUCCACAAUGUAAAAGAUCCAAGUGAUUUUAAACCACAGAAAUCAAGAUUUUUUUACUGAAAAACUGAGCAACUCUUACAGGAAUGAAAGGGGCCUUGCCUGUAUCCAGUGUAUGCCUCCUCAAGGGGAUUUACAGUCCCACAAGUUUGCAGAGAACACAGGACGGUAAAUAUCACAGAACUGAUGCUAACUAUCAACAUUGUAAUGAUAACCACAAUCACUGACUGAUAACUGAAAUCAGUGACUGGCACGGUGCAUCAAGCGGUGGGAGGGGCUGAGGACAGAGAAGGAAGAGCUGCAAGAUGGUGCUGUAUUAUCAAAUUCUGACCUUUUUCUUUCGACCUUUUCCGAAAACUGCCUACCCCAGCUUUAAUAACGCCAAGAAAAAAGCCUUUGGCAUAAUUUCGUUCACUAAUUCACAUAUUGGCAGAUAAAAUGGAUUAAUUUAAACAGCAAGAUGGUUAUUAUGAAGUUAUUUUGCUCCUGUAUGUAAUAAGUUUGAGUGUUAGAGGACACAGCUGCCACACAUUUAUUGUGCGUUUGGUUUACAAGAGAAUGAACCUGCCUCAGAGGUAUGAUGAAACAGGAUCGACUUAGUUUGAAGUCCACACUCUCGCAUGGACUCACAACUAUUUGGUGGCUGUGCCAAUUACUAAAGACUAGUGAUGAUGUGUUUGCACUUUUGGACCAGCUGUGGUUACUGUAUUUUCUUUAGAGUUUACUUUUGUAUUUUCACUAUGAACGUACCAGUUCAUUAACUAUAAUUUCUGUGUGUAUAAAUAUUUUCUGACUACAUCAGUAUUAAUUGGCAUGAAAAUUCUUAAUGUCCAGCUUUGAUUUAAAUGCUGACCAAAAAAAAAAAGACUAUUGGCUUAUUGAAGUUUGAACCAAUCUAAAGCUUGACUUGAUGUGGCCACUAAACCACUAUUGUCCUUGUAACAAGGAGUCUAUAUUUUGGUCUUCCAUAAAUGUGAUAACAUUUUUCA